AUGUGUGGUGUCGGGUUUAUCUGUCACAUCAAAGGACAUGCAGCUCACAAGAUUGUAAGCGAUGCGAGGAACAUCCUCUGUAAUAUGACCCAUCGAGGGGCCACCGGUGCGGAUGCCCGAGAUGGUGAUGGUGCUGGUGUAAUGACUGGUAUUCCCCAUGAUUUCUUUGUACGAGAAUCAGCCCACUCUUUCCCCUCCAAGCUCCCUGCUGAGGGAACCUAUGCUGUGGGAAAUGUCUUCUUCUCCAAAGAGGAGUUUGCCGCUCAACAAGCUACUUUUGAGGAUAUUGCUAGACCUCUCGGAUUAAGAGUUCUCGGCUGGAGAGAAGUCCCUACCGACAAUUCCAUCCUUGGUCCCGCUUCCAAGAGCAAAGAACCUAAGAUCUUACAGCCUUUCGUCGUACUCGAGGAGCAUUACGGUCCAGGACAAGAUAGUCAGGAGGGUCACUUUGAUGAGAGACGAUUUGAGAGACAGCUCUACGUAUUGAGAAAACAGGCUACUCACAGAAUUGGUCUCAAGAACGGAUUCUAUAUCUGUUCCCUUACCCCCUCCAACAUCAUCUACAAAGGUCAACUUUCCCCCGUCCAAGUCUACAAUUACUACCAUGAUCUCAAUCACGCUCUUUACGCUUCCCACUUUGCCCUUGUCCACUCUCGAUUCUCCACCAACACCUUCCCAUCCUGGGAUCGAGCCCAACCUAUGAGAUGGGCCGCUCACAACGGUGAGAUCAACACUGUAAGAGGAAACAAGAACUGGAUGAGAGCUAGAGAAGGAAAUCUCAAGUCUGAGAAAUUCGGUGAUGAUCUCGAUCUUCUUUACCCUAUUGUCGAAACUGGUGGUUCCGAUUCUGCCGCGUUCGACAACGUACUUGAAUUGUUAGUUGUCAAUGGUAUUUUGACCUUACCUGAAGCUGUUAUGAUGCUUGUUCCCGAAGCAUGGCAGAACAAUGACUUGAUGGAACCUGAGAAGAAAGCCUUCUACGCUUGGGCUUCAUCCUUGAUGGAACCUUGGGAUGGACCUGCUCUCUUCACUUUCUCAGAUGGUCGAUACUGCGGUGCCAAUCUCGAUAGAAACGGUCUUAGACCUUGUAGAUUCGUCGUCACCUCCGAUGAUAUCAUGGUGUGUGCCUCGGAAGUAGGAACUAUCACUAUCGAACCCGAGAAGAUUAUUCAAAAAGGCCGAUUGAAGCCUGGUAGGAUGUUGCUUGUCGACACUAAAGAAGGUAGAAUUGUCGAUGACAGAGAACUCAAGCUCACCACCGCUAAGAGGCAACCCUUCGGUGCAUGGGUUGAAUCCCAGGUCAUGAGACUUCCCGAAGUAGUUAGAAGAGUUCAACGAUUCGAAGAUAUCUCAGUUAAGAUCGAUGACACCCCUCUCAGUACCGAUCCUAAAUUACUCGCUUUCGGUUAUACCAUCGAACAACUCAGUAUGCUCAUGCUUCCUAUGGUACAAGAAGGUCACGAAGCUUUGGGAUCCAUGGGUAACGAUGCUGCGCUUGCCUGUAUGUCUACUACCCCAAGAACCGUCUACGACUACUUCAGACAGUUGUUCGCUCAAGUCACCAAUCCCCCUAUCGACCCUAUCAGAGAAUCGAUCGUCAUGUCUUUGGAGACCAUGGUUGGUAUCGAGGGUAACUUGCUCGAGAUUCAACCAAAACAAUUACACCGACUCCACCUCAAAACCCCUGUUCUCACUAUUCAAGAGAUGAACGCUCUCAAGCACAUGAAAGUAUCUAACUCCGAUUGGCCAUCCAUUACCAUCGACAUCACUUUUGAGAAGGGAGAAGGUCUUCCAGGUUACAGAAACGCUCUUAACAGAGUCAGACAAGAAGCUAUCAACGCCGUCAACGCCGGAUUCAGAACGAUCAUCCUUUCCGACAGAGCUGUUGGGCACGAUAGAGUCGCUCUUUCUGCCAUCCUUGCUGUUGGUGGUGUUCACCAUUACCUCGUCCAACAAAGAAAGCGAUCUCAAGUAGCGAUCAUGAUCGAGACCGGCGAAGCUAGAGAAGUACACCACAUGUGUGUGUUGGUUGGUUAUGGUGCAGAUGCCAUCUGCCCUUGGUUGAUCAUGGAGAUGAUUCACAAGGUUGCUUCGGAAGGAUUAGCCAAGGACGGUCAAACCGCCGAUAAACUUGUCGAGAACUACAUGAAAGCUAUGGCCGAGGGUAUGCUCAAGGUCCUCUCUAAGAUGGGUGUAUCCACUCUUGCCUCAUACAAGGGUGCUCAGCUCUUCGAGAUUCUCGGUCUUCACGAGGAAGUCGUAUCUGAAUGCUUCAUCGGUACCGCUUCGAGGGUCCAAGGUGCUACCUUCGAACUUCUCGCUAUGGAUGCUUUCGAGUUCCACGAGAGAGCUUGGCCAUCAAGAGAGACCAUCACCGUUCCUGGUAUGCCCGAGAGCGGUGAAUACCACUACCGACAAGGUUCAGAGAUGCGAAUCAACGAUCCCGUCUCUAUUGCUCAACUCCAAGAUGCUGUCAGGCAAAAGAACCAAAAUGCCUAUGAUAGCUACUCCAAGAACUCUCGAGAGUCCAUCAAACGAGGUACCCUCCGAGGUCUCCUCGAGUUCAACUUUGAUAACGGUACUUCCGUCCCCAUUGAACAAGUUGAACCUUGGAACGAGAUUGUGCGAAGAUGUGUCACCGGUGCCAUGUCUUACGGUUCCAUCUCUAUGGAAGCGCACACCACCCUUGCUGUGGCUAUGAACCGACUUGGUGGUAAAUCCAACACUGGUGAAGGUGGUGAAGAUGCUGAAAGGUCUCUCCCUAUCCCCGGACCUGGAGCCGAUGCCGAUGGACAACCUUUCACCCAUGCCAUGGAGCUCAAACCUGUUUGGGAUUCUCGACGAUCUGCUAUCAAGCAAGUUGCAUCUGGUCGAUUCGGUGUUACCUCCAACUACCUUGCCGAUUCCGAUGAAUUACAAAUCAAGAUGGCUCAAGGUGCCAAGCCUGGAGAAGGUGGUGAACUUCCAGGACACAAAGUCUCCGCUUCUAUUGGUCGAACUCGACACUCCACUCCUGGUGUAACCCUUGUCUCUCCUCCACCCCACCACGAUAUCUACUCUAUCGAAGAUUUGAAACAACUUAUCUACGAUCUCAAAGCUUCUAACCCUAGAGCUCGUGUCUCCGUCAAACUUGUAUCUGAAGUUGGUGUCGGUAUCGUUGCCAGUGGUGUAGCUAAAGCCAAAGCCGAUCACAUCACUAUCUCCGGUCACGAUGGUGGUACCGGUGCAGCCAAGUGGACCUCCAUCAAGUACGCUGGUCUUCCUUGGGAACUUGGUCUUGCCGAGACCCAUCAAACUUUGGUGCUUAACAACUUGCGAGGUAGAGUUACCGUUCAAACCGAUGGUCAAAUUAGAACCGGUCGAGAUAUCGCCAUUGCCACUCUGCUCGGUGCUGAAGAAUGGGGUUUCGCUACUACACCCCUUAUCGCCAUGGGUUGUAUCAUGAUGAAAGCUUGUCACAAGAACACCUGUCCCGUUGGUAUCGCCACUCAAGAUCCAGCUCUCCGAGCUAAAUUCGCUGGUCAACCCGAACAAGUCAUUAACUUCUUCUACUACGUCAUUGAAGAGUUGCGAAGUAUCAUGGCCAAACUCGGUUUCAGAACUAUCAACGAAAUGGUUGGUCGAGCUGAUAUGCUCAUGGUUGACGAGUCUUUGCGAACUCCCAAAACCGCUCUCCUCGACUUGUCACCUAUCCUCAAGCCUGCUCACCUGCUCCGAACCGAUGUUGCCACCUACAAAGUCCGAGCUCAGGACCACAAGCUCUACGUUAGACUUGAUAACAAGUUUAUCGACGAGGCUGAACCUGCUCUCCAAAAGGGUCUUCCUGUCACCAUCGACUGUGAUGUAGUCAACACCGAUCGAGCCUUGGGUACCACCCUCUCUUACCAUGUAUCCAAACGAUACGGAGAAGCUGGUUUACCAAGAGAUACCAUCCACAUCAACAUGAAGGGUUCUGCUGGUCAAUCUCUCGGUGCUUUCCUCGCCCCAGGUAUCACUAUCGAACUUGAAGGUGACGCCAACGAUUAUGUCGGUAAGGGUCUGUCAGGUGGUCGAUUGAUCGUCUACCCACCUAAAUCAUCCCCCUUCAAAGCCGAAGAGAACAUCAUUAUCGGUAAUGUCUGUUUCUUCGGUGCAACUUCCGGGCAGGGUUUCAUCCGAGGUAUUGCUGCCGAGCGAUUCGCCGUCAGAAACUCCGGUGCUACCCUUGUUGUCGAAGGUACCGGUGAUCACGGUUGUGAAUACAUGACUGGUGGAAGAGUCGUCGUUCUCGGUCUUACAGGUCGAAACUUUGCCGCUGGUAUGUCUGGUGGUAUCGCCUAUGUCCUUGACAUGGCGCACUCUUUCGCCCCUAAAGUCAACAGCGGUACCGUCGAACUCGGACCUGUCUCUGAUCCUCAAGAAGUCGCUGAACUCCGAAGUCUCAUCGAGGAUCACCGACACUACACCGGUUCAGAAAUUGCCGAUCGAGUCUUGCGAAACUUCCACCACUUCUUGCCCAUGUUCGUCAGAGUCAUGCCUCUCGACUACAAGCGGGUACUCGAAGAGGAAGCUGCUCGAGCGGCCGAGGAGAAGAAACGACAAUCCGUCAUCGAUCUCAUCCCAUCUACCACCGCUUCUCAAGUCGAUCUCGUCGCUACUGGCUUCGACCCUAUUCUCCCUCGAGAUGCCAACGCUCUUACCGUCUCUACUUCUCAACUCGUCACUCCUACCGCUUCGCCCAAACCCAAACCUGCUGAACCUUCCAUUGUCGACGUCGAAGAUGCCAUGGUGGACGAUGCUACUUCCAAAGAGAAGCUCGCCAAGGUAGACAAGACCCGAGGAUUCAUGAAGUACAAGCGACUCAACGAAGCUUACCGACCACCUCGAAAGAGAGUCAAGGAUUGGAAGGAGAUCUCCACUCGACUCACCAAGGGGGAGUUGAAAUACCAAUCCGCUAGAUGUAUGGACUGUGGUAUUCCCUUCUGUCAAUCCGACACCGGUUGUCCCAUCGCCAACGUCAUUCCUAAAUGGAAUACUAUGGUAUUCGAAGGACGAUGGCAAGAUGCCUUGAACCGAUUACUCAAAACCAACAAUUUCCCAGAAUUCACCGGUCGAGUAUGUCCCGCCCCAUGUGAAUCAGCUUGUGUAUUGGGUAUCAACGAGCAACCUGUCGGUAUCAAGUCGAUCGAAUGUGCCAUCAUCGAUAAAGGUUUCGAAAUGGGUUGGAUGGUUCCUAAUCCACCUCAACAUCGAACUGGCAAAAAGGUAGCUAUUAUCGGUUCUGGGCCUGCUGGUCUGGCUGCUGCCGAUCAACUCAACAGAGCGGGUCAUACUGUCACUGUAUACGAGAGACAAGAUCGAAUUGGUGGAUUGUUAAUGUACGGUAUCCCCAACAUGAAGCUCGACAAGGCGAUUGUCCAACGAAGAGUUGACUUGAUGGCUGCCGAAGGUGUCAACUUUGUAACCAACGCCAACGUCGGUAAUGACCCCAACUACGAUCCUCUCGAUCUUAAAGCUCAACACGACGCUCUGAUUUUGGCUGUUGGUGCCACCAACGCUAGGGACAUCAACCUACCUGGACGAGAUGCCGAAGGAAUUCACCAAGCCAUGAACUUCUUACCUCCAGCUACCAAGGCUCUUCAAGCUUGGACCGGUAAUCCUACUCAGGCACUUGGAGAGGAUACACCGGGCUACAUCUCUGCUAAGGGCUUGGACGUCGUCGUCAUCGGUGGAGGUGACACCGGAAAUGAUUGUCUUGGUACCGCUAUCCGUCAAGGGGCUAAAACCGUCACAAACUUCGAGCUUUUGCCUCAACCACCUCCAACGAGGUCCGCAGACAACCCCUGGCCCACAUUCAACCGCUGCUAUAAAGUGGAUUACGCACAUUCUGAAUCAAUAUCGAUUUUCGGAACUGAUCCACGUCAAUACUGUGUUUCUUCGGUAAAAUUCAACAAAGAUGACGAAGGGAAGUUGACCGGAAUCGAUACCGUCAAAGUUGAAUGGACUAACACUGCUGGUAAAUGGAGCAUGGAGAAGAUCCCAGGAUCCGAGAAGACAUACCCCGCUCAGCUUUGUCUCCUCUCCAUGGGUUUCCUUGGACCUCAGAAGGAAAUCAUGCUCGCUCUCGGUGUCGAGUUGGAUCCCCGAGGAAAUGCUAAGACCCCCAACGGUGGAUACUCCACCUCCACUCCUGGAGUGUUCGCAUCCGGUGAUUGUCGACGAGGUCAAUCGCUCAUUGUGUGGGGUAUCAGAGAAGGUAGACAGGUAGCCGAAGAAGUCGAUCGAUUCUUGAUGGUCGGCUCACACCUGCCUGUACAAGGUGGUAUUGAGCGAAGACAAUGGAUCGCUCCUCCCAUCAUCAAACCUGUUCACACCGAGGUUUCAAGCAGAGCUACGAGCGAGUUCGAGGUAUCAAGUCAAGGUGUGGAUGUAGAGAACAUUAGCGUGACUGCUUCAGCUUAG